CUGUUUGAAGUAAUCUGAUAUCUGAACAAUCCGAAAUGUCUUCAGUUUGGUUGCUGAUAUUUUUUACCACAUAUGUGACUAAAUAAUUUCUCCAUUUUCACAUAGCCUCGCUUACGUUUUAGCCUACAGAGUUGCCCUUUGGUAUAACUAGUAAUCAUCUACAAAUUGGGGGUAAUGUUUGGGCGUUUAAUUGGGGACAGUAAAGUUACAGGCAUUUAAAGUUACCGCGAAAUGUGGUCAUGCGUUGUGAUAGGACUGUGCUGCCGAAGAAAGACACCAGCAGUUCGUAAUAACAUUGGUGGCGAGGAGUUCGCACAUUAUCUGAUAACAACGGUCAAAUAACUCUGGACGUCAUUUUCACCGAAAUAUAUAGACAUUUACCCCGACACAAUGUAACAUUUAACGAUAGAUAAUCGCCAAGGGGGACGUUACUGCGAUUGCGGGCUGCGCUUUCUGGAGGAUUGACGACGCUUUUUGUAUGCCUAAUGGAAGAUUCUGAAAUGCUUUAUGGUGGAUAUGUUAUACCGUGGUGAUUUUUCGUGUUGAACCGGGGUUUCCUCUUCUUGGAUGUAUAUUUUGGAAUCUUCUUUAUGCGAUUUGUGAUUCUGCAGAAUCGAACACAGGGAUAAAACAAUCUCUGUCUACCUCGCCAUAUCGCUACCCGGGAUUUAAAUUAUCACGUGUUAUAACAACGGAACCAUAAAUAGUAGCCUACAUCAAAAUUAAUGUGGCGACUCAAUCUUUAGCGAAUACAAUCUGGAUUGCAGAAUGAGCAGGGAAAGACCCAAGAGGAAUAUCAUUCAAAAGAAAUUUGAUGAUAACGAUGGCAUCCCCUGGUCGGAAGAGCGCGUGGUGCGCAGGGUGCUCUACCUUUCCCUCAAAGAGUUCAAGAGAGAACAGAAGAGUAAAGUGGUGGGGAAGAACCGCCACGGAAAGGGGGUCAUUAACGGUGCUUUAGCAAAUGGCCAUUCGAGCGGAUCGAGUUCCAGGUCGACUGCGUCAAAAGGGGGCAUGUUCACGGGCUCCUCCAAGGCAGACCGGUGCCGGCGCCUGGCCCCGGGUCACGAUGGGGCCAGCGAAUCCUCCGAGGAGGGGCCUGCACGCAAGCGGCCCAGGCUGCAGGCUCAGAGGAAGUUCGCCCAGUCUCAGCCCAACUCCCCUAACUCCACCCCGGUCAAGAUGGUGGAGGCCAUGCCGCUCAGCCCCGUCCCUCCACCCAGCCACCUCUCCAAGCGCCGGCCCAAGACAGAGGACUUCCUCACCUUCCUCUGUUUACGAGGUUCUUCAGCGUUGCCCAGCAGCAUGGUUUACUUUGGGACGGCUCAGGAGGAUGGGGAUGUGGAGGAGGAGGAGGACGAGGAAGAUCAGGAGCAGGAAGCAGCCACCAGCGAGGCAUCAACAUCCUGCCAGUCGACUCCACGGAAACACAAACCGCCCGGCAAACCCACAGCCAAUGGCCACGUUUUCAGUGGCCAGGGCAAAGCCACAGGAGGAGCAAAGGAGGUGAGCCUCCGGUCCAGGGGGAAGGAGUCUCCCCAGGGGAAGGAGAAGAACCAGAGGGAGCAGCAGCGCCGCUCCGACCACCACGCCAGGGCCCCGGCUCGCUCCUCCACCACCACCCACAACCUGAGGCCCAGCAGGGCGGUGCAGGAGCGGCUGCAGCAGGUUUCUAAAAUGAACGGGAAUGCGCAGCAAUCUUCCACCAGCACGCGGAAGGCGAAAGACCCCCUUCCCCCGCCACCGCCACCGCCGACCAAAGCUGUGAAGUACCCCAAGGGCCACGUCACCUACACCAAAGCGAGGUUGCUCAAGGAGGCCAAGCUCCACCCCGGCACUCGCACCAGCCAAGCCACCAAUUCGCGCACCAACACCCACGCUAACACCCACGCCAGCAACACCAGCCAGCCCCCCCAGAAACCCAACUCAGGAAAAGCCCAGAGCAGCCAGGCCAAGACCGUCCGAGCGGUGCUACCCCCGAAGGCCAACGGCUGCUCCAGGCUGAGCGGCAAGAGUGGCAGGAGAGCCGAGGCGGCCGGGGAGACAACGCAGCCGCAGCCACCACGGCGUAACGGACUCAGGCAGUCCAAGAGACGACUGGAGGCGGCCACCAGUGGGGGUGCCAGCCCGGCCAGGAAUGGGCAGGAGGUUGGCGUCAAAAAGGUCAAAGUGCAGACGGUGUCUCCGGAGACGCGGUGCAAGAAGACUGUUGCUGUUCCGGCCGAGCCGCUCGCCCGAGACAAGGUCGCCACAGAAACGGCCGCAGCCAACAACUGUGACGCGCUGGCAGCAGGCCAGCAGACGGCCGCCUCCCAGAGGCCCAAGCGCGUGUCGGCCGGGCGGCUGAUGUUCACUCGCCAGGCUCAGCCCAGACCGCCCCCUCCACAGCCCACAACUGCCCCACCUCCAACGGAAAUGCCCCCGCCGCUCCCUCCACAGCCCACAACUGCCCCACCUCCAACGGCAUUGCCCCCGCCUGCCGAGCCCCCCAAACCGGCCGAGCCGAAAGCGGCCCGGGAGAGGGAGCGGGGUAAGCGGGGUGCCAGUACGGGCGCAGGGGUAGGGGCAGGGGCAGGGGCAGGGGCAGGACCAGGAGCAGGGGCAGGGGAAGGGGCAGGGGCAGAGGCAGGGACGGGGGCAUUUACCGGCCUGACGGACGUUCCGGUGUUCGAGCUGGUGACGCAGGAGUUCCAGGACCCGCUGACGUACAUGGCGCGCGUGCGGGAGCGGGCCGAGCCGUUCGGGCUGUGCCGCGUGGUGCCGCCCGGCUUCUGGAGGCCCGAGUGCAAGCUGAAGGACGAGAUGCGCUUCGUCACGCAGGUGCAGCACGUGCACAAGCUGGGACGCCGCUGGGGCCCCAACGUGCAGCGACUCGCCUGCAUACGCAAGCACCUCCGCAUGCAGGGCAUCGCCAUGGACGAGCCCCCACUCAUUGGGGGCUGCGAGCUGGACCUGGCCCGCUUCUUUCAGCUCAUCAACGACAUGGGCGGCAUGCAGCAGGUGACCGACCUGAAGAAGUGGAGCCGCUUGGCCGACCUGCUGGGCAUCGCCAAGUCCGCCCAGGACCGGCUGGCCAAGCUGCAGGAGGCCUACUGCCAGUACCUGCUCUCCUACGACUCUCUGCCCGCGGACGAGCGCGCCGGCCUGGAGCAGGAGGUCCUGGCCGACAAGGAGCUGCUGGAGAGGAGGAAGGGCCCCCUGGAGGGCCAGGCAGACUACUCCCAGCAUGCAUUGCUCCUCCUGCCACGCAGCGAGCCCAAGAACGGCCUGCUGAACGGCGUCCUGCACCCCAACGGCGCCCACCAGGGGAGGCUGAGGGAGCUGCAGCUGGAGACGGGCGGGAAGGGGUGCGGCAGCGGCGGCAGCAGCAGCAGCAGCAGCUGCAGCAGCCGGCGGAGAACCUCGUCCCAGGAGAAGAGAGAGAGAGCCGGGGGAGAAGAUGAAGAAGAGGAAACCGAGGAACAGGGGGGUGUGCCAAGUGACCAGCAUAAGUGCAUCUACAGGGGGAAAUCAGUGUCCCUUACGACGUUCUUCAGGACAGCUAGGAACACCAUGAACAUGUGCUUCAGCAAGGAACCUGACGCCGCGGAAGUCGAGGAGGAGUACUGGAGGAUUGUGGAGGAAAGGGAAAGCCAUGUUGCAGUGCAUUGUGGGAGAGUGGACACAAUGACGCAUGGGAGUGGCUUCCCUAUGGGCAAGUCUGAGCCAUUUUCAAAGCAUGGAUGGAACCUCACUGUCCUUCCCAAUAACUCAGGAUCCAUCUUACGCCACCUCGGUGCUGUGCCUGGAGUGACCAUUCCCUGGCUGAACAUUGGCAUGGUCUUUUCUACCUCAUGUUGGUCUCGGGACCAGAACCGCCUUCCAUACAUAGAUUAUCUACACACUGGUGCUGACUGUAUUUGGUACUGUAUUCCCGCUGAGGAGAAGACAAAACUUGACAAAGUAGUUCACACACUGCUGCAGGCUAAUGGAACUCCAGGACUGCAGAUGCUGGAGAAGAAUAUUAUGAUCUCCCCCGAGGUUUUGUGUCAAGAGGGCAUCCGAGUUCACCGCACGGUCCAGAAGAGCGGCCAGUUCGUGAUCUGCUUCCCAGGGACGUACGUGGCCAAGGUGUGCUGCGGGUACAGCGUGUCUGAGACGGUGCACUUUGCCACCCCCCAGUGGACGACGCUGGGCUACGAGGCUGCUAAGGAGCUGAAGCGGCGUCGAAUCGAGGAGCCAUUUUCCACAGAGAGGCUGCUUUACAAGAUGGGCAUGUUCGAGUCUAGACGGGAGAACAAAUUUUUGCAGAGUACAAUCUCCUCACUUCUCAAAGAUCUCAGGGACACAGAGAUUAGCCAACGGCGGGAUCUGUUCAAGGCUGGGCUGCGGUCGUCUGCGCGCUACCGGACGCUGGACAGCAGCCAACCCCCUGCGGAGGGCCGGAAGAAGCAGAGCGCGCGGUUGGCCGAGGACACCUCGGACCGGCGCUGCCAAACAUGCCAGCACCUGUGCUACCUAUCCAUGGUGGUCCAGGAGAGUGACAACGUCGUCUUCUGUCUGGAGUGCACCCUGCAUCUGGUUCAGAAGCGGCGGACCUCCAGGGGUCUAAAGAUGAUGUACCGCUACGACGAGGAGCAGAUGAACAGCUUGCUAAGCCGUGUGAGUGGGAGGGUGCAGGAGAGGAGCAGCGAGAGGCGAAGGACCGAGCCCCCGCCCCCGGCCCCCACACCAGCACAGCGCAGCCCCCGCGCCAGGAACUCCACCCAGGCCCCCAAACACACCCCCAGCUCCUGAAGGGCCCUCAGAUGUGACUCCCCCCCCCCCCCUCACACACACACACACACCCUCAAUCCCCUGCCACACUCCACCUUUCAACACUCUGAACUCUCCCCCCCCCCCUCCACACACACAGACACACACAGACACACACAAACACUUCCCCAACAGAGAUGGAGGACCUCUUCCCUGAAAGCACGAAAAAUCUUUUUGCACUAGUCCUGAGGUCAACUGUUUCUCUUUUUUAUCGUUAUUUUAUAUGAGUUUGUUGUUUUUUAGAUCUGAGUAUUUUCUGGUUGUUUUAGCAUUACUAUGAAUAUAGAUCUAUACAUAAAUACCAAUAUAUCUAUUAAAUGACCUUCUGUUUUGUGCUCAAAUGGUGCUGUAGUUUCACUCUCUUCCACAUGAGGCCUGCCUGCUCUCCUCUUAUAUAUCGCCCCCUGCAGGUCAUCCCCCUCAGUGAAAAAGUAAUCAGCCAGGAAGUGCAGAUUGAGACUACUACAAAGAAGUCACACAGCAGUUUAAAUAUAAGCUAUUUUGUUAAUCAGAAAGUACAAUUAUUAUUAUAAAAAAUACACUUUCCCUCUGGCCUGAAAUUGAGCAAAAUUAAUAGAUGCAGUGAAAUCGUUUAGUUUCAGACCUUUGAAUAAGGUUUCUAUGAAAAUGAAGCCAUUCAUUUUUAGCUUUAUUAUAAAUACUAUGAUGCUACUUUAUUUUGGUUGUAAGAAACAAGACCCCCCCCUUCCUAUCUGACACUAUUUCAUGAAAUUAGAUUUUACCAAAAAAAAAGAAGAAAACCCCACACAGAUGUGCUAAAUUACCCAACACUUAGCCAUGCUAAGCUAACUUAGCUUUUGUUCUCUACUUCCUCUACUUUGAGGGAGAGCAUGGUGGGUCUUAAGAGGCAAAUCCAAGAUGAAGACGAGGGGAAAUGGCCUUAUUCACCCUUCUGGAACCUUCAUCCGCCUCAGCAAGUCGUCCACAGGGUCACUCUUGUAACAUAUAUAAAUAAGUGCUGCUUAAAUCAUGAAGUAUGGCAUAGUGGUGAUCCCUAGUUUUUUAGCUUUACUUUUAUAAUAAAAGGGAAAUGUUAAAUAAUAAUAAUGAUAAAUAAAUAAUAAUAAUAAUAAAUUAGGUACAGUAGUAGCUCCUGUUGUUGCACUGGCACCCGAUUCUUUAGUCCCAACUUUAUCGUCGCUCCCCUAAAAAUGACUGAACUGUACUAGAGAUAAUCAACGAACACAGAGUUUGUGUUCUCCAGAGUUGUGGUUGUCUAGUUUUCGUUUGUUUUUUAAGGCCUUACAGUGUUUUACGAUGUUUUUUUUGUUUUUUUUACAGUAAACCUUGCUUGUCUUACAUUUUAUUUAUAAGCACUGAAUUUUCAGCUCUCCUAUCAAGUUAUGUCAUUACAGUUUUUUUCACUUUGCGGGUUUGUACUUCUAAGUAAAUAAACUAUUUCACUGUCAA